AUGGCGGUUUUACAGAUGGCUCGUGAGAAGAGGUCGUGUCCGAGAGCUUCAGAGACGCAGCAGAACAAUUCAGAAAAGAAGGGAAAGGUGGAUGGUGAGAGUGCAGCUCGAGACAAGAGGGCUAUCACUGUCACUGUAGAUCCUGAGGUUCUGGAAUGUGAUGUCUGUUUCGGCCCUCUCACUCCCCCACUUUAUCAGUGCAUGAGGAGAGGGCACAUCACCUGCUCGACGUGCGUCGCGGAGAUGGGGCAGGAGUGCCAGUGGUGCCGCGCGCCGGAGGCCACCACCACGCGCUGCCGCGCCAUGGAGCACUUCCUCGCCGCCCUCGCCGUGCCGUGCUCCUUCAACCACAAGGGCUGCGCCGCCAUGGUGCCCUACGGCGAGCGGGAGGCGCACGAGGCGGCGUGCGCCCACUCGCCGUGCUACUGCCCGAUCCGCGGCUGCUCCUCCUCCCCUUACUCCGGCGUGUCCCUGGUCGAACACCUCGAGCGCAAGCACCCGGAGAUCGGCCGCACCCGCGUCGACCGCACCACCCUCUCCCCGCUCAGAAUGUGCCACGGCGAGCCGGCCCGGCUGGUGUACCUCGCCGGCGACGACAGGGACAGGGCGGUGUUCCUCCUCGCCGUCGACCGGAGCGAGGCGCCGCGAGGCUGGUCGCUGUGGAUGGUCAGGCUCAAGGCAGAAGAAGAAGAAGAAGAAGACAAGGGGGAGCUGAGGUACAAGAUCAUGGUGGCCGCCAAUGGCGGCGUGCUGUCGCUGGUCGGCGAGACGGAGAGCGUGGGGCGGCUGACGGCGCCGUACAGGGCGAGCUCCUUCCUGUUCGUCCCGGGCGCCAUGCUGGAUGCUCCCCCUGAGGCUGAGGGCCUCCUCGUCUUCGUCGAGCUCAAGUGA